AGCGGCCAGGCUGCUGCUCAGCGCCGGGCUGCGGCAGGGAAGCAGACGUGGGCCGGCUGCACCGGGAGCCGGUGGAGCGCCAGAGUUAGACUGUGAGAGAGAGAGACAGAGAGAAAGAUCUUCCUUCCGUUGGUUCACCCCCCCAAAUGGCUGCUACUGCCAGAACUAUGACGAUCCGAAGCCAGGAGCCAGGUGCUUCUUCCUGGUCUCCCAUGCGGAUGCAGGGACCCAAGGACUUGGGCCAUCCUCCACUGCCUCCUGGGCCACAGCAGAGAGCUGGACUGGAAGAGGAGCAACCAGGACUAGAACCCGGCACCCAUAUAGGAUGCUGGCGCUGCAGGCGGAAGAUUAACCAAAUUCCAAGAGGAGUCAUGUCAGAAGAAACAGGAAGCGAAUCACAGUUUUCCUUGAAGGCAGCAGCACUGAGAGUGUUUGAUCUCCCUCUGUCUUGGUAUUCUUCUCUCUCCCAGAUCAAAUUUUCACCAGUAGCUAAAAAGUUGCUUGUGGUAACUGCAGUGAGCGCUAUAUCUGUAAUUUUUCUGGCCCAUCACUUUAAAAGAAGACGUGGAAAGAAGAAAGGGAAACUAUUACCAUGGGAACCAGAGCACCUCUUACUUGAAUACGCUAAAAAAGCAGCAUCAGAUAAAGGUUCAAGUUGUUCCAGUAGCAGGCAGAAUUUGACAUUAUCUUUAAGUUCCACCAAAGACAAAGGAUCUCAGUCCUGUAACUAUGCUAAUGGAGGACUUUUCAGUAAAUACUCAGGUUCAGUGCAAAGUUUGGCCUCUGUCCAGAGUGUCAAUUCUUGUCAUAGUUGUGCUUGUGGCAAUUCUAAUUCCUGGGACAAACCAGAUGAAGAUGAUAUUAAACUUGUUAAUAUUCCGGUGACCACUCCUGAGAAUUUAUACUUAAUGGGUAUGGAAUUGUUUGAAGAGGCGUUGCGUCGAUGGGAACAAGCUCUGACCUUUCGCAAUAGACAGGCUGAAGAUGAAGCCUGCGGUUCCAUUAAACUGGGUGCAGGAGAUGCCAUUGCUGAAGAAAAUGUAGAUGAUAUUAUUAGUACUGACUUUAUUCAUAAACUUGAAGCUCUGCUGCAAAGGGCAUAUCGUCUGCAAGAGGAGUUUGAAGCCACCCUUGGGGGAUCUGACCCUGAUUCCCUCGCUAAUGAUAUUGAUAAAGAUACAGAUGUCACAAUGAAGGGGAACGUGGAUGACUUUGGCCUGCGCGAUACCUUGAGUAUAGCAUCAACUGAUUCGUUUGCUUCAGCAGCCGAGCUUGCAGAGCACAGAGAAGGGCGGCAAACCUACAGCCUGGAGUCUCUUUGCCACUGCCCUUUUUAUGAAGAAGCCAUGCAUUUAGUUGAAGAAGGAAAAAUUUCCUCAAGAGUACUGAGAACUGAAAUGUUGGAGUGCCUGGGAGACAGUGAUUUUCUUGCCAAACUUCACUGUAUUCGACAGGCUUUUCAGGUAAUUCUUUCAGAAACAGCCAACAGGAUAUUCCUUGCUGAGAGUGGAAGGAAGAUUUUAUCUGCUUUAAUUGUAAAAGCACGAAAGAAUCCAAAGAAGUUUGAAGAUGUGUUUGAUGAAAUGAUCUAUUUUUUGGAACAGACUGAUCACUGGGAUAGUACUGAAAUGGAACUUGCUGCUAGAGGGGUGAAAAAUCUAAAUUUUUAUGAUGUUGUUCUGGAUUUUAUAUUAAUGGAUUCCUUUGAGGAUUUAGAAAACCCACCCACAUCCAUACAGAAUGUAGUGAAUAAUCGCUGGCUAAACUCUUCCUUCAAAGAAACGGCUGUGACUUCAAGUUGUUGGUCAGUGCUAAAGCAGAAAAGGCAACAAAUGAAGAUCCCAGAUGGAUUUUUUGCUCAUUUUUAUGCCAUUUGUGAGCACAUCAGCCCUGUGCUAGCCUGGGGCUUUUUGGGCCCUAGAAAUUCUCUGUAUGAUUUAUGCUGCUUCUUUAAGAAUCAAGUUCUCUUCUUUCUCAAAGACAUUUUUGACUUUGAGAAGGUGCGCUAUUCAAGCAUAGAGACUCUGGCUGAAGACCUCAUGCAGUUACUCAUUCGCCGCACUGAACUGUUACUGGCCUAUCUUGGAGCAGAUGCCCUGCGGCACACAAGUAGUUGCAUAAGUAGUCAUGGUCAUGUUUUGUCUAGCGGGCUGCUGGAAGCUAAAGUACAAUAAGUACUCAUCCAAUUUGAGUGUGCUAUAAAAUAUUUUAAGGUAGCUUAAUUAUUUGGUAGAUGUGGACUCAGGGAGGAAAAAAAUCUAGUAAAGAAUACUGGACUUACACAGACGUUCUGUCUCUGAAUCCCUGCGUAGUAUAUUCAAAGCUGUUUUUUCUGUCUUUAGAUAGUCAUUUAAGUCAUGAAAUAUUGUGUAUUUUGUAGGAAUAUUGCUUAAAUUGAAGCCAGUUCUUGGGAGUGGACUUGUCAUCUUGAAGCUGUCUGAAAUGUCCAGGAGCAUUCUCAAAUGCUCAGUUUUUAUGCUUUGCACCUUGAAAGUAUACAUUUUUAGUCAAGAUCUUUAUGAUUCACAUGUGCAAGAAUAUAUUACUCCUAGUGUCAACAUACGUAACUUUGCCUGAAAAUGUGUUUCUGACUGUGAAGUUAUUCAUCUGUUUAAUCAAGUUAGGAAGUAGUAGUAUUUAAUAUGUACCUCUUAAAAUAUUGCUUGUGCAUUUGCUUAAGUCUUUGAAAUUGUAAUCACUGACUACGGCUAUAAUCCAUUAAAUUGACAGUGAGCAGUAUACAACUGCUAACUUUGUAUUAGAUUAACUUUGGAACUUUGGUUUCCAAAUAUGUUACUGUUAGCCCUUUACGUUAUAACAGGGACUGAAGAAGUCUCUUCCUUGUUGAAAAAGAAAAAUUUAUUUUAUUUGAGAGGCAGAGUGCAGAGACGGAGAGAGCGCCCAUCCUCUGAUUCACUCUCCAAAAGCCUGCAAUGGUGGAGACAGCCAGGGCUGAAGCUGGGAGUUGGGAACGCAAUCCAGUUCUCCCAUGUGUGUGUCAUGUACCCAGUAACUUGAGCCAUCACACUGCUUCCCGCAGUCUGCAUUGGAGUGAAUCUGUAAUUAGGAGCUGGUGUGGGGAAUCAAACCUACGCAGUCCGUGUGACACAGGCUUCUUAACUACUAGCUAAAUGCCCACCUACGAAGAAUUUUCUUUUUAUAAAUUAGGGCAUUUUUCUCUUGGAUGAAUAUUGAUUAAAAAGGUAACAUUUAUAAAGAAAGACGAUUAAAAACUUGCCUUUUUAAAAAAAGGUUUAUUUGAGAGGCAAAGAGUCAGACAGACAAAACUCCAGUCGGCUUGUUCACUCCCCAAAUGCCCACACUAGUCAGGGCUGUACCAGCUGAAGCCAAGAGCUAGGCACUCAAUCCAGAUUCCACAUAUGGGUGGGAUCUAACUACUUGAGCUAUUACCUACUGCCUCCCAAAAUAUGCAGCAGCAGGAAGUUGGGAUUGGGAGCAACACUAGGACUCAAACUCCAAUAAGGGAUGUGGGUGUCCCAACCUGUGGCUUAACUGCUAGACCAAAUGCCUGCCCCCCCCAAAAAAAAAAUUUACCAUUUUAUUUAUUUAUUUAUUUGACAGGUAGAGUUACAGACAGUGAGAGAGAGAGACAGAGAGAAAGGUUUUCCCUCCGCUGGUUCACUCCCCAAGUGUCCGCUACAGCUGAUCCGAAGCCAGGAGCCAGAUGCCUCCUCCUGGUCUCCCAUGCGGGUGCAGGGGCCCAAGCACUUGGGCCAUCCUCCACUGCUCUCCCGGGCUACAGCAGAGAGCUAGACCGAAGAGGAGCAACUGGGACUAGAACUGGUGCCCAUAUAGGAUGCCGGCGCCGCAGGCAGAGGAUUAACCAAGUGAGCUACGGCGCCGGCCCCCCAAAUUUACCAUUUUUAAGUGGAAUUUUGAGACUGUCUCCUCAAAUCUGAAAGCAUUAUACUUGAUACAGUAAAAUAAUUUCUCUUUUCUCUUUCCUCUUUCUGUAAAACUGACUUUAGUUAUUUCCACCGAGAACUCUACAUGAAAUAUGUCGUAUUAUAUGCCCAUAUUUUUAAAAAGUCAUACUUUGAAUUUUUGCAGGGUGUUAAAGACUUUUUUUCCUCCCUUGAUAUGGAACAAAGUCUUUUUAAUGAUGUGACAGUGUAUUUCAUGUCCUUUGUGCUCCACAUGGGAACAGAAUGGUGGCUCUUGUGCGGAAGGGUCUUCCUCGGUGCCAGAGAGGCGCUUGGGAGUUGGGUGCUUUUUGUCCAGAAAUCGUAUACCACUGUUUGAAGCAGCUGACUCAGCAUGAGCAUCCCAACAGAUUACAUUUGUUCCUUUGGCUUCUAAAGUGGGCUGUAUUCAUUUUAGGAGUAAAGUUCCAGAGAAGAACCUAAAAUGUAUUUUUUCAAAAAUGCAUUUUCAGAUUAAAGUGCCUAGUUUCUGAUGAAUGAAUAGAAACUGAAAGUGAAAAGCAUAACUUUUUUUAAGAUUUUAAAUUUAUAUAUGUGUCACAAUCAUGUAAAUUAACUACACAAUGUAAAAUUCAGAAUUUUUAUGCUCUUUUGUUUGUACCAUGUAGGUUACAGUGUUAAACAUACGAAAGACUGCUAAAUUCGUUUUUGAGUGUAUAACACCUUGACUUUUCUUCCAUAGAUUCUUAAUUUAACAGUGACCCACUCAUCAUAGGUAAUGAACUUACUGAUGGCUGGACAGAGACUGUGUGCUGAUUGACAUGUUCUGACAGGGGGAAAAAAGGAAAAAAUACAAUGACCUAUUCAUAAUUCCAGAGGCAGAGUGACAGAUAGAUACAGAUAGACAAACAGAAUUCCCAUCUACUGGUUCACUCCUUAAAUGCCUGAAACCAAUGAAAGUGAGCCAGGCUGAGGCCAGGAGUUAGGAACUCAUUGCAGGUCUCCUCUAUGGGUGGCAGGAACCCAACCACAGCAGCUGUUACCUGCUACACCCCAUUUGCAGGAAAUGGGAAUCGAUAACAGCCAAGACCCAAACCCAGGCACCUCAAUGUGGAGUGUGGGUAUCCCAACUGACAUCUAGGACAACUUAACCACUAGGCCAAAUGCCUGCCUCCAUAAAUCUUAUUACUAAUGGAAGAGAAUGAUUAGAAGGACCAAAACACAAACUUCCAUUACAUAGCAUUUUACUUCUUAUGUUAAAUAUUAAAUGUUUCUCCUUGUUUAGGUAUCACUGGCUGUGAAUGGUACACACACAUACCAUGUAGGGCAAGACAGUUAGUGCUUAUAUUGAUUUACCCCAUAGAAGGCUAAAUGACAAUUUAAGCUGUGAUUUCAUAAAAGAGUAAAACCCAUUUUUAUUUGAGAAAGACAAUGCUUGAAAUAAUUUUUAAGAAUUGCACUGUUUAUAAUGCUGCUAGUACAUGAGGUAACUCUUUCAUCUGGUGAGCUGAGUGGCUUUUGAGAAGGUGUUUUUCUUUUUCUCUUACAUUUCAUUAAAAAAAAUUGCCCAUAUUCAGUAGGUUGGUUUGUCAAAUUCAGGGCUUGAGUUUGAUUACUUUCAGGUCAAUUCAUUAGCUACUAAUUUAAGAAAAUGCUUUCUUUGUGGCCUUUGAUGAAAGAGAUAAGAGUGACCAAAUAGAAUUUCAGGGUAAUAAAUGUAGGAAAAACCUCUCUAUUGUAAGGUAAGAAACUUGACCUUUUUAAAGGAAACAUCUUCCUAGAAAGAACAUUUCUGACUGCAGAAGGGUACUUCAGACAUAUGUACCAGUUUCUAAUUUGCCUUAAAAUUGGGUUGAACAGCAAAAGUAAUUUUUUGAUUGAUUAAACGAGUCAAGGCCUUUUAGAGUGGAACCCUGUUGACCACUUGCUCAUGGUGGUGUUGGUGGAGGAUUACCAUGGCCUCUGAGAGCCCUGCCACAUGCUUCCUUAGGUAAGCUAUAACAGGGUCCUGAAUUAGUCCUGAGAAAUGGCUUUUUCCCUUCUUUUUUCUGGAAGACAAAAGAUAAAUGUUCAGGUGAUUUGUAUUUGAUAUUUUUUAUUUUUUCUAUUUUUGCUUUCUGUAUGUUUGUUUAACUAAAAGUUGUCAUUUCUUCCUGAAGGUUAAGUAUAUGUUUAUUAAAUGUCAAAAUGGAUUUAUCUUUGAAAAAGAAGCCAAGUUUUACACAUUGUUAGAGUGAGCUAUAAAGAACUUUUUGUCUCAUUCUUAGAAAGUAGUAAUUGUUUGCUAUUAUUAUUCUUUUACUUUGAUUUUAUUAAUUUCUUUAGUUACCUGACGUUUUAGAAAGUAUUUAUAAAUGUUUUCUUGCCUUAGGGUGUGAUAUUUCCUACUAAAGUAACUCCCCAAAGAGUGGCUAUGUGUAUUACACAAGAAUUCCCAGUUUAUCGUUCCUUUAAACAUAGGACAGAGGAAUGCCAAAGUAACUUAUAAUGUACUUCUCUGACCUUUCAUAAUCCAAAAUUUUCAAUUGUACUUACAACUCAUUUGCUUUUAUUUUAAUGUGAACCUACACUCAAAAAUUAUUAGGAUAUAAAUUUCAAAGUGAUUAUAAGACUGAAGUCAUAUCCUUUAUCUUAUGCUUGGAUCAGUCAAAUUAAGAAACAUGUGAGAUUUAAAACUUUAUAUAAUCUGAUCAGUGGAAAUAAGGACAUCCUAUGUUGCUUGUAAUGAUUAUGUUAAUUAUGUUACUUUUUUGUUUAGUUUUAUAACAACUAUGUUUUAGCUUUACUUGACUGAUAUUAAUAUAUAUUUCCUAAAUAUAAGGACUGUACUCAUUAAUUUGUGUAAAACACUAUAGUAGCAAAAAAAAAAACAAAAAGUGGCACUGGCUCUUUAGCCAAAAUAAGCACUGUAACAUGGAUGUAUUACUAUUACUGCCAAAUAAAAAAUGA